AAAUUUCAAAAAAUAUAAAGGAAACACAAGCGUCUGCAGCAUGUAAAGAACAUUAUAAAAAUAUGGCUAAAGAUUUAAUAGCAGGCUUGGUGAAAAUACUUCAAAUACCCAAUCAGUCAUUCAAUCAACAACUACAAAUAUUGACUCAAAAAUGUUUAUACAACAUUGCGAUCAAGAUACGUUUGAUCGAAUAGUUAAUCAGAUAAACUCAUCUCCAAAUUCAACCUAUAAACUGGUUUUUGACUCGCCAGAGGAUCCAUGUUCCAUUGUACUCAAGAACAUCCUAAAUGUCUAUCAUGGAAGUCCCCCCAAUAAAAAUAGUGAAGUUAAGGAACUCAUUCGAAAGAUAAAUACGGCAAUUGAACAGAAAUGGAGUACAGAAAGAAAGGCAAAAUUACUUAAGGAGUUUCUGGAAUAUACUAAAUUAAGUAAAUACCUCAAUCACAUUUUGUUGGGAAAGAUAGACGAAUGUGACAUGCGACUCGCAACAGUUAAAAGUAGAAAGUGUUGGAACUACUAUACAAAACUUAAAGUAAUGUUCAACAGAGCACUGAAUGAGGCGAAUGUUAGAAAGCAGUAUUUAAUAGGAAAUAUAUCAAUGAUGUGUAGUGAAAAUGCUGUGUAAACAGAUGAUUUAUAAAUGUGGAACAAAUAAAGUUGCU